AUGUCUUACUCUCCACCAGACUCGGCCAAGCCAUUUACGCUCAACAUCUCCGACCAGGACCUGUCCGAGUGGAGACAGCUUCUGCAGCUCUCCAAGCUUCCGCCAGACACAUGGGAGGGGUGGCAAGAAGACGGUAGCGUUGGUUUACCACGCAAGUGGCUUUCCGAGGCAAAGGAUUACUGGCUUAACAAAUAUGACUGGCGUGCUGCAGAAAAGCAUAUCAACUCUUUCCCAAACUAUAAGAUGCAGAUUGAAGAUGUCGAUUUGCAUUUCAUCGCUCUCUUCUCUGAGAAGAAAGAUGCAAUCCCUCUGAUACUCAUGCAUGGAUGGCCUGGCAGCUUCGUCGAGUUCCUGUCCAUACUCAGCAUCGUCAAGAAAAAGUAUUCGACCAAGGAUUUGCCGUACCACAUUGUCGUGCCGUCAUUGCCUGGAUACACCCUCAGCACCAUAAAAGGUCACGAUAAGCAUUGGGACGGCGAGAAUUGCGGUCGCGUUAUGAAUCAGCUCAUGCUGAACCUGGGUUUUGACAAGUAUCUUGCUCAGGGAGGAGACGUGGGCCAUCACACGGCGCGACUCAUGGCUAGAGACUAUGAGGCCUGUGUUGGAAUACACUUGAACAUGAUUGUUACUCACCCGGACGAGAAGACGGUCGUGGAUGAAGUAGAGAAACAGACGCUUGCCCGGGCCCAGAAGUGGGGCGCCACUGGCAUGGGAUAUGCUAUCGAACACGGCACAAGACCGAGCACCAUUGGGAGCGUUCUAGCGUCGAGUCCACUGGCAAUGCUGGCAUGGAUCGGCGAGAAGAUGGUGGAAUGGUCCGAUGAAGAUCCAUCGCUGGAUGAAAUUCUGACCAAUGUUUCCUUGUACUGGUUUACGAGUAGCUUCCCGUCGAGCCUUUGGUAUUACUUUGAGUUUUUCGGCGGUAGCCCCAUUCCGAAAUUGGACUUUACGAAGAAGCCUUUGGGGUAUUCAUUCUUCCCAUACGAGCUGUCGGUAGGGGUCAAGAGCAUCUUGGAAAAGGAGACGAAUCUGGUCUUCUACCAGCGCCACGAACGGGGUGGGCACUUUGCGGCUCUGGAGCGGCCGGCAGAUCUGUGGGAGGACAUUGAGGGGUUUGUUAGCAAGGCCUGGAAGGUAUGA